AUGGAGGAAGGAGACAAAGGUGAAAAUGCUCCGCCUAAUCCUGGGGGUGCAAUUGGAACAUCAAGUGAAGAUCCGAAAACGUCAGAAAAUCCCAUUGUUGAUUCCAACGUUAUUGUGAAAGAUGAAAUCAAUGAUAAUGCUGCGCCGGAUGUUUCGAAAGAAGAACCAAUGGAAGAAGAACCAAGAGAACAGACGGAAGAAACCGAAUUGAUAAAAGAUGCGACCGUGGAGGAAUCGUUAGCAUCGGAUCGUCCACCCGGAAAAGAUCUUCAGAUCAUUGAACAGAACCCCGCGAAGGAAAAUGAUCAGGCGAAGAUCGAAGAGGAGAAUGUUGAAGAUAUGAUAGUAGAAGAGUAUCUUGAAGAAGAAGAGAGUCAUGAUAUGACUGCAGAUAGUGAAAAACUAGAUGAUUUACCUCAAGAAGCAGAACCUUCAAAGUUGGUGGAAAAUUCCGACACUAAAAAUUACGAUAAAGAUGAGGCGGAUAGUGACAAGUACGAUAGUGCUGUGGAAGAGAUGGAAUCGGAUCCUGCUGAGCAUAGGGAUGGUAGGGAGAAAGAACCUACACCGCACGCACAUGAAACUGUCGAGCUGACCGACACUUCCGACAAUCCAUCGAAAGAGGCAGACGAUGGUGAGCAGCAGCAUGAAGAAGAAAAGCAACUUGACGAUGCGAGCAACACAUCGUUCCAUUUACAGGACAUGGAAACGACGAAUGUGAAUGAAACUGAGCAUGUAAAGUGCGACGAUAUGGCGGAAGGUGAUCGAUCGGCCGAUCCCUGUACCGCGGAAGAUCCAUUCGAUCAGCUGCGACACUCGACCAGCGAUGAAAUUGGCCAUAGUGAUAGAGAAAACAGAGAAGAUACGGUAGAGAGAGAUGCACAGGAGGAACAAACAGAUGCUGGUGCAGCGGUUGACAAGCAAGAAACGCAUGAUGAACCCGAUAAUGCUGACGCUGAUGCGAACGAAAGUCAAGACGAAGGUAAUAGAGAGCGAGAUGAACACCGUGAAUCAUUAGCUGAUUCGGAGACAAACGAGAUAAAUGAAUCGGAAGAACGUGUUCCUGAGAAAGAGUUAGUAAAAGAAACGAGUGGCAGCGUCGAUCAAUCGGUGGAAGAUGACUCAAACGCUCCUUCGGUGGAAGAUGAGUCGAACGCUGUGGUGGAUGAAGAAAGGGGAGGAGAGAAUGAGAAUAUUUGUUUGCUGCCAGAUGACGAGAGAGCAAUCUCCGCCGAGGACAAUCAACUUGCCAUGGAACAAGAGAAAGAAGCUGCUGCGACAGCAGAACAGUCCUUGGAAUCAGAACUUGAAGUUGAAGAAGUUGAAUUGAAUAGAGCGGAAGAUGGUACUGCGAGGUCUGGAAGUCACGAAGAGGAAGAAGAUGAAGGCCAAGGAGGUUUCGCACCACCAUUAGCAGAAGGUGGUGGCGUUGCAGUCGAGGAAAAUGAUCCUCAAACAGUUACAGAAGGUCCAGUGGAAGAAAUGGAGGUCGACUUAACCGGCACAGAGACAGAGGAUCUUCCCACUAGAGAUAAUCAAAUUCGAGAGCUCAGUACACUGGCGGAGUCGGAAACGUGCAUGCAGUGUAAAAAAGAAUUGACAGCCUGUCUAUACAGACUAUCCUGUGUGACGGCGGAUAACCAGGAAUCUGCCCAGCAGUACAUCUGCUCGUUCGAUUGCGUGCAACGUGUUCGCACCGAUAACCCAGGCAAGUACGAACUGAUACAACGACGCGUGACAAUUGUGCCCAUUUUUGAACGUCUAGAAUCGUGCGUGCGCUGUGGCGAGCAACGGUUAUGCAGAUAUCGCUACAAGCUGGACAACGGUUCGUACACGUACCUGUGCGAUUCGAAGUGUGUCGAACAUCUGACCGCCAUCAAUGGUGAAAAAUACAGUUUGGUAAGGAAACGGUACAUCAUUGAAGAAAAAAGUACGUCACCGGAAGAGGGCAAAUGUUGCGUCCAGUGCAGCGAUACGAAACCGUGUCAGUUUGAAUUUAAACAGGACGAGGAGCAAUUGCACGUUUGUAGCGAUUGUAUCGAUUUGUUAAUGACGGAACAUCCAGACCUGUUCCGUUUGCAUCGCCGUCGCUCGGUACGGGUGCGCAACCUCGGCAAGGAAGGAUCGGUGAGCGGUACGAGUGGCUCGCGAGGGGAAGUCGUGAAAUUUUCCGCCAGGACAGAAGAGGAGGCCGAAGCAGCGCGAAUUGAGCGUGAGGCUUCAUUUCUGCGCUCUUGUCACGAAUGUCACAAAACGUUACAGAUCCUUUCGGCUCGCUGGUUACAGUGGGAAACGAUGGAAUUUUGCGACGAAAAGUGUCUAGGCGCCUACCAGACGGCGAAUGGGUCGCACUGCGUCCAGUGCCGAAAGGUUGUGUCUGUGAACAGUAUGGGAAAAUUUUGCGUUCGCUUCGGGUUCGCCAUCUGCCAGUUCUGUAGUGCGGGAUGCUUGGAAAUCUACAAAAAAGCGCUAAAAACGUGCUCCUACUGUCAACAAACGAUUGGCAAGCAGAACAAAGGCUUUGAGUUUCGAGUGGCUCGUGCCGGUGAGAUGGGCGUGCUGAAAGAUUUUUGCAGCGCACUUUGCCACAAGAUGUACCAAGCGUGUCUGAAUCCAACAAUGAAACACAAGCCCCACGUGUGUGGUGUGUGCAAUCACGAAAAGAUGACCAAGCUGAUCGUCCACCUGGAAGGGCGCGAACAUUACUUCUGCAGUACGCCAUGCUUUUCCGCGUUUAAGUUCGUUAACAACGUCAAUCCGGACGAAUGCGCCAUGUGUAAAGAUUUCUUUGAGCGAAAAUCGAACGCAGCUUACACCAUUUACCAGCAGGGCCAAGCGACACGGCUGGAGCCAUUGGCAUUCUGCACCAAAAUGUGCAUGAAUCUUUACAUCUCAACCAGCAGGGAGAUUGUACCGUGCAACUGGUGCAAGGUAAAAAAGUACACCUUCGACAUGAUAUUGCGGCCCUCCACGAUGGAACGCCAUUGCUCGCUGCACUGUUUGACACUGUCCGAGGUGUCGACGAACGUGAAACUGACACCGUGCGAUCACUGUCUGCUAGUCCGAACGCCCCAAUAUGAGCUGAAUAUGUCCGAUUCAAGUUUGCGCAUCUUUUGUACGUAUCAGUGUCUCAUGAAAUUCCAGAGCCAGUUUAGUAAAUCCAAACCGAUCGAUCCUUCCGUGCCCGUUCCGAUGGGCAUUCCGAAGCGUAUUCCUCGCGUAGCAACGACGGCAACGAUUACUCACCAGACGGGCGCGACCCAAGCAACUGCCUCUACUGCUGAUGCUGUCAUUGCUUCUGUGGCCACUACUCCGCGUCCACGUGGACGCCCUUCGAAAUCGCCAGCAACAACAACAACAACAACAACUGAUGCUAACGGUAACAUCGGUUCCGGCUCCAACCUGCCCGUUAUCACAUCAGUCCAUUCGUUAGCUAACACGAUGGGUAAUCGUGGUCCAGUGACGCGCCCCAAAGCAGGGCAGAUCAGCUUGAAUCAGAAAAAUUGGCCAGAAUUGCGCGUUGCUUUGGAACCGCUGACAAAUAUUCCGCCGUCGGGAAGAAUAGCGCUUAGCAGCAUUUUGCCCAACAUAAAUGCUCGGGCAGAAACAUCUGCAGCAAAUUCCUCCACAGCUGCUUCUAGUGCUUCGAAAAAUGCAUCCAUCUCGACAUCUACUGAAGCAACCACGUUUGCACCCUCCCCUGAACCGGAUUCUUUACCGGAACCCGAGGUAGCUGCACCUGCGCCAUCGACUCGAACGGUAACAGUAACGAAAGUUGAAACGCACACACAGAUCGUGACGGUUCCACCGACACCGACGCAAGUAGCGAAUGCGGCCACCAUGUGCAAACCGCUACAGCUGACCAAAAGCAUCUCCUGUCGCCCUAUUCAGUGUCACGUCGGUUGCCAAACGGAUGUUUCGUUGCAGCGCAAAAUCGUUAUUCCAAUACCAGUUCCAAUCUAUGUGCCUGUGCCAAUGUUUAUGUACUCGAUGCCAACGCCCGUGCCGGUGCCAAUUCCGCUCCCGAUCCCGGUUCCAGUGUUCAUACCGACCACUCGCAAUUCGGCUGGCGGAAUCAUGAAGGAGAUCAAAAAGAUACAGGACAAAAUGCCCACCGAUCCGUACGAGGCAGAGCUGCUAAUGAUGGCUGAAAUGGUAGCAGGAGACAAGAAGAAGGACGACAGUGACUCCGAUUCGGACGAUGGGGGCGUAGGGGUGGGCGAUGAUCAUUACGGAGCAGCUGAGUCAGUGGUGACCAGCGAUGGGAUGGAACAUAACGCAUCGUUCAGUGAGGAUCUCGUGCAGAUGGCGCUGAAAAUGGCAUCGAAUGAUUUUUCGGAAUCGCAGGUUGACUUAGAAUCGGCAAUGCAGGCCAAUACGAUCACACAGCAGCAGCAACAGCACCACGGAUAUGGCGAUCUCCAGCAGCAUCAUCAUCAACAGCAACAGCUGCUAUUGUUGGAUCAGCAAAGACAAGUUGCAUCCCCCGUUGUUCAACGAGGUCGCAAACGUGCCUCCAACGUUGGACAGCGCGGUGCCGGUACAGUGAUGAAUAAUAACACGCAACAACAUGCCAUGACGCCUGCAUCGAAGCGCAUCAAGCGCGAGCAACUUAGCGAACCGUCACCGGAACCGGUGAAUCGAGUAGUGGAACCGGUCGAAAAACCAGAUGCUAACAUGUGUCUCAAGUACACGUUUGGUGUGAAUGCGUGGAAGCAAUGGGUGGUAACGAAGAAUGCAGACCUGGAGAAAAGCUCAAUCCGUCGAAAACCAUUCAAAUCGGACAUCCUGCAGCUGACCGCCGAUGAGCUGAAUUAUUCGCUGUGCUUGUUUGUCAACGAAGUGCGCAAGCCGAACGGCACCGAGUAUGCACCGGACACAAUAUAUUACCUCGUACUAGGUAUUCAACAAUAUCUGUACCAGAAUGGAAGAGUGGAAAACAUCUUCACCGAUGCCUAUUAUGAUCGAUUUACCGAUUGUUUGGAUGAGGUUGCCAAAAAAUUCUCUAUGCUGUACAAUGAUUCUCAAUUCAUCGUCACAAGGGUGGAGGAAGAACAUCUUUGGGAAUGCAAGCAGCUUGGGGCUCACUCACCACAUGUCCUGCUCAGUACACUAAUGUUCUUCAACACGAAGCAUUUUAAUCUGGUCUCCGUCGAAGAACACAUGGAACUUAGCUUUUCGCAUAUCAUGAAGCACUGGAAGAGAACACCUCAACAAGGAGCUAAAUCAACAGCUACAAGGAACGUGCUGCUUCGCUUUUAUCCACCGCAGUCAUCACUCGCUAAUAAUGCGCGCAAGAAAAAGGUUUAUGAACAGCAGGAAAAUGAAGAGGAUCCACUGAGAUGUCCAGUGAAAUUGUACGAGUUUUAUCUGUCGAAAUGUCCGGAGAGCGUAAAAACACGCAAUGAUGUGUUCUAUCUGCAACCGGAACGUUCCUGUGUGCCAGAUUCUCCCGUCUGGUAUUCGACGCAGCCACUGAGCAAAGAAGCACUAACGAAAAUGUUACACCGGGUCAAGAUGGUCAAAGAGAUUAACAUUGCAUUGCUUACAAGCUAAUGA